AUGACAUCAACAAAUUCUGUAUCAGCUACAGCAUUAGCUGAACAAAAUGCUGAAGAUACUUAUGAACAAUAUGAAAAAUAUUUACAUGCUGGAAGUGGUGGUAAACAACGCAGUAAAAUAGAAGUGGAAUUAAAUUCUCAACGUCAUGAUGCUGGUGGCGAUACAAGAAAGAUUGUUACCGCAAUGGCUAAUAAUGAAAAAAACCGACUACAUGGGCAUAAAUGA